AUGGAUGAAAAUCGGUUACAGCAAGCCAAGCAAAGUGUCAAACGCAUAACUUUCCGCGAUGCUUCAGGACAAUGCGACAUUCUCGUUAAACAGAUCCUCGAUUCUGCCUAUGGUUGCUAUAUCUGGCCCUCAGCGUUAUCCUUGAGUAACUACGUGUGGAAUCACCGUGAGCGUUUUACGAACUCUACCAUGCUCGAAAUCGGCGCAGGCGUCUCAUUACCAUCAUUAUUGCUGGCCAAGACACAUCACGUGCAACAUGUCAUCCUAUCCGAUCUGCCUUCGAUCCUGCCCUUGAUCCGAUCGUGUUUUAUACUGAAUGAUAUUGAUCAAGCCUUGUACGACAUCCGUGAAUUGCAAUGGGGUGAUCUCGAAGCAGCCAAACAAAUGAUAGCCAUGGUAGAGGAGCAAGAAGGGAACAAAAAGAUCGAUUUUAUCCUUGGCAGUGACACAUUCUAUGAUCCAGCAGACUUUGAAAAGCUGUUGAUGACGAUCUCGUUUCUUUUAAGGCACCACAACCCUGAAUGCGUUUUCAUCACCGCUUAUCAAGAACGAAGUGCAAAACGAAGCAUCCAGUAUCUGCUUGACAAAUGGCAUUUGAAAUGCAAGAGUAUACCCAGCUCGUUUGUUGGUGAAUGGAGUAUAGUAGAGGAUCAUCAAGCCCAGGAUGAAAUGAGUGCAUCAGCAGGAUCGCUAUCUAGUGUAUUUUUAUUAGAAAUCAGCUUGCUAUAA